AUGUCGGACAUUACUCAGGAGGAGAUUGUGGAAAUCGUGACCAACUUCCUGUUGAACUCGCCUCCCGGCGAGUUCAUGGAGGUCGUGACCGAUGUCCGUGGCCUGCUUCCCGAUGAGUCAAUCCUCAAUGAUUCGGCCCCCGCUACCUUCAGGGAGUACAACACCGACCAGAUGCUUCAGAUGCAGUCCCCUGGCAAUCCCCACAAGUUCCUCAUCACCAAGUUCGGUGAGGUCGGCAACGGCGAGUACCUCGACCCCCGCGGGCGCCAGGUCGUCCAUUUCGACCACAUUCGCCAGGAAGUCACUGGUUCGCGCCCCAUCAGCGGCGAGCUUGACAACAGCGUCGAGUCCUUCAGGGCCGCUUUUGAUGACAAGGCAACCGAGUACACCAACGAACACUACCAGAACGGUACUGCCACCAUCUACGGCAAGAAGGAGGGCGGCUCUGUGGUGGUCACCAUCUGCAUCUCUUCUGCGAGGUUCAACCCCAACAACUUCUGCGGUGGCAACGUCGACAUUUCGGGUGUGCUGAAGGUCAACGUCCACUACUACGAAGACGGUAACGUCCAGCUCAACACUGAGACCCCCGUCAAGAUCAGCGCCACCGGCAGUGAUGCCCGUGGUCUGGCUGACGCCGUUGUGAAGGCCAUCGACAAGGCCGAGUCCAACUUCCACAAGUCUCUGGAGACGAGCUACAACACCAUGGGUGACACCACCUUCAAGGCCCUGAGGAGAGUGCUUCCCAUCACCCGCACCAAGAUCGACUGGACGAAGAUCCAGAACUACAAGUCUGGCGGUGAUGCUGGCGGUAAGGCCGCGGCUUCGAGGGGAGUCAGGAACUAA